CUGGUACAAAGGGAGCUGCCGCCGCUCCUGCUUCCUCCACCGGCUCAGGCUGCUCCCCGCCAUCUUCCGCCCAGCAGGCGCGGCCGGGUCAGGCCGGGCCGGAGCCGAGCUGCGCGGGGCGCGUGAGGCGAGGUGGCGCAGGCCCGGGCCCGGAGAUGAGGCCAGGAUGUCGGUGUCAGGGCUCAAGGCCGAGCUGAAGCUCCUCGAGUCCAUCUUCGACAAGGACCACGAGCGCUUCCGCAUCGUCUCCUGGAAGCUGGACGAGCUGCACUGCCAGUUCGUGCUGCUGCCGCCGCCGCCGGGGAACAGCCCGCCGCCGCCGGCGCCGCUCACCAUCCACUGCAACAUCACGGAAUCUUAUCCCUCUUCAUCACCAAUAUGGUUUGUGGAAUCAGAUGACCCAAACCUGACUUCAGUGUUGGAACGAUUAGAAGAUAUUAAGAAGAGCAAUACUCUGCUUCUUCAACAACUGAAGCGAUUGAUAUGUGACCUCUGCAGAUUAUACAACCUUCCUCAACAUCCAGAUGUUGAGAUGUUAGAUCAGCCAUUACCAACAGGACAGAAUGGAACGACGGAAGAAGUAACGUCGGAGGAGGAGGAGGAAGAAGACAUGGGUGAAGACAUUGAAGACCUAGAUCACUAUGACAUGAAGGAGGAAGAGCCUGUUGAUGGAAAGAAAUCUGAGGAUGAAGGCAUUGAAAAAGAGAACCUUGCAAUUUUAGAAAAAAUCAGAAAGAAUCAAAGACAAGACCACCUAAAUGGUGCAGUGUCUGGGUCAGUCCAGGCUUCAGAUCGACUUAUGAAAGAGCUCAGGGAUAUAUACAGAUCACAGAGUUAUAAAACAGGGAUUUAUUCAGUGGAACUUGUAAAUGACAGCCUGUAUGAGUGGCACGUUAAACUUCUAAAAGUUGAUCCUGACAGCCCGUUACAUAGUGAUCUUCAGGUCUUAAAAGAAAAAGAAGGUGUAGAAUACAUUUUGCUCAACUUUUCAUUUAAGGAUAAUUUUCCUUUUGAUCCACCCUUUGUGCGAGUGGUAUCUCCUGUGCUCACAGGAGGGUAUGUCCUGGGUGGGGGUGCAUUAUGCAUGGAACUUCUUACUAAACAGGGCUGGAGUAGUGCCUAUUCAAUAGAAUCGGUCAUCAUGCAGAUCAAUGCCACUUUAGUCAAAGGAAAAGCCAGAGUACAGUUUGGAGCCAAUAAGAACCAAUAUAAUCUAGCAAGAGCACAGCAGUCCUAUAAGUCUCUAGUACAAAUACAUGAGAAAAAUGGCUGGUACACUCCUCCAAAAGAAGAUGGUUAAUAUUGUGGACUGUUGUACACCUGGACCAAUGUCAAACAGCUCUUUUUUAUUUCUUUCCAACACACACACAGACUCAAGCUACGAGUGCCCCUA